AUGGACCUGCUGCUGGUGGAGCCCGGCUCGGGGUCCACGACGACGGAGGUGGACGUGGGGGACGGCGCGGACGCCUUCCUGGCCGGGCUGACGGGGCCCACGCUGCUGUGGGCGGACGUCAACUUCACGCCGCCCAGCAUGUUCACGACGGCGACCCCCGUCGCGUCACUUGUGGACAACGCCAGCGUGGUGCUGGUGUCGUCGGCGUCCGCCACGGCGUCCGUGAGCCGUGAGGACGCCGUCGACGUGCAGCCGUGGCACGCCCUGCUGCUGCUGUGCGUCAAGGGCAGCAUCAUGGGCGUCAUCAUCUUCGCCGCGCUCUUCGGCAACCUGCUCGUCAUCGUGUCCGUCAUGCGGCACCGCAAGCUACGCGUCAUCACCAACUACUUCGUCGUGUCGCUCGCGCUGGCCGACAUGCUGGUGGCCAUCAUGGCCAUGUGCUUCAACGCCAGCGUGGAGCUCACGGGCGGGCUGUGGCUCUUCGGCUACUUCAUGUGUGACGUGUGGAACUCCAUGGACGUGUACUUCUCGUCCGCGUCCAUCCUGCACCUGUGCUGCAUCUCGGUGGACCGGUACUACGCCAUCGUGCAGCCGCUCGACUACCCGCUCAUCAUGACGCAGGCCCGGCUCGGCGUCAUGCUGGCCGUGGUGUGGUGCGCGCCCGCGCUCGUCUCCUUCCUGCCUAUCUUCCUGGGCUGGUACACCACGGCCGACCACCUCGAGUACCGGCGCCUGCACCCCGACACGUGCGGCUUCACCGUCAACAAGCCCUACGCCGUCGUGUCCUCGUCCGUGUCCUUCUGGGUGCCGGGCGUCAUCAUGAUCUGCAUGUACUACCGCAUCUACAUGGAGGCCGACCGCCAGGAGCGCAUGCUCUACAGGAGCAAGGUGGCGGCGGCGCUGCUCAACAAGCACCUGCAGAUCAACGGCAUCACGGCGGGGCUCACGUCGCUGCCGGGCACGCUGGGCGACGUGGGCUGCGGCGUGGCCGUCAGCGACCCCGAGAUCCAGCCGCUCGCGUCCAGCAAGAUGAAGCGCGAGCGGAAGGCCGCCAGGACGCUGGGGAUCAUCAUGUCCGCCUUCCUCGCCUGCUGGCUGCCCUUCUUCCUGUGGUACAUCAUCACGGCGCUGUGCGGCGCGCACGUGUGCACGUGCCCGUCCGUGGUGGUGGCCAUCGUCUUCUGGAUCGGCUACUUCAACUCGGCGCUCAACCCGCUCAUCUACGCCUACUUCAACCGCGAGUUCCGCGCCGCCUUCAAGAAGACGCUGCAGGCGUGCUGCUGUUGCUGCUCGCGUCGCUGCGCCGCGGGCGCCGCCGCGGCCGUGGGCGCCAAGCUGGGCUUCCGGAGGAAGGGCUGGCCGGACCGGCCGGGGCUCUGCACUGGUAAGGCCGUCUCCGUCGCACUCUCGAAGCGGAGCGAUGAAUCGACACUCCGCGUUGCUGUCUCCGACACUGUAAAAGUGGCCCGCUGUCCUGCUUUGUCCGGCACACUGUGA